CAUUGUUGACUUCCUGGAAGGGAGUCAUUGGGUUUACAUGAUGGAUUCAGUUAAGGUCAGUUUUGGUUAGAGUCGGGCCUUCUGGAACAAAUGAAUGAUGCUAACCAAGGUUCUACUCUAUCUGUUAUCAGUAGGGAUGUCCCGUAUUGGCUUUUUUUUUCCCAAAAAUGAUAUUGUCCAACUCUCAAUUUCUGAUAUCAGCCAAUACCGAUACGGAUUUGUGACAUAUGUCUUGAAGUGGAAUGAACACGGAUAUGUCAUACAGCAUUUUUUCAUCAUCUGAUUAAGAUAUGCCUUUAUUCGUCCCUCAGUGGGGAAAUUUUAUCCCGACCGAUAUUCUGAUUCUGAUAUGUGGCCAUCCCGAGUUGUCCGUAUAUUUGCCUGUACUGGAGGUCGCAGGUGAGGAGGUACCCGUCACUAAAUGCUAGGCCAGCUUCCCUUAAAGUACGUCCUCACAUCCCUGGUGAAUCAUUCAUUCUGUAAAACAUAGAAAUCUGCCAACGGGGCCAAUCUUUGAAGGACGCUCGGGCUAAUAAAGACGGGAACCAUGGACGCUAAGGGGCUGUGGCCUCAGAUAAGAGUCCUGUGGGACUCGUACUCGUGGACGUCAACUUCUGCUGAAAAUGAUCAUCCUGGGGAAAAGGUGAACCUCCGUGGCUCAAAUAAGCCUGAACUGCUCUUGUUUACAGCGGGACUUUAGCGGGACUUUAGCAGGACUUUAGUGGGACUUUAGCGGGACUUUAGCGGGACUUUAGCGGGACUUUAGCGGGACUUUAGCGGGACUUCAGCGGGACUUCAGCGGGAUUUCAGCCGGAUUUCAGCGGGACUUUAGCGGGACUUUAGCCGGAUUUCAGCGGGACUUCAGCGGGACUUCAGCGGGACUUCAGCGGGACUUUAGCGGGACUUUAGCGGGAUUUCAGCCGGAUUUCAGCGGGACUUCAGCGAGACUUCAGCGGGACUUCAGCGGGACUUCAGCCGGAUUUCAGCCGGAUUUCAGCCGGAUUUCAGCGGGACUUUAGCAGGAUUUCAGCCGGAUUUCAGCCGGAUUUCAGCCGGAUUUCAGCGGGACUUAAGCGGGACUUUAGCGGGACUUUAGCGGGACUUCAGUGGGACUUUAGCCGGAUUUCAGCGGGACUUCAGCCGGAUUUCAGACGGAUUUCAGCGGGACUUUAGCGGGACUUUAGCGGGACUUUAGCGGGACUUCAGCGGGACUUCAGCGGGAUUUCAGCGGGACUUUAGCGGGACUUUAGCGGGACUUCAGCGGGACUUUAGCGGGAUUUCAGCCGGAUUUCAGCCGGAUUUCAGCCGGAUUUCAGCCGGACUUUAGUGGGACUUUAGCGGGAUUUCAGCCGGAUUUCAGCCGGAUUUCAGCGGGACUUUAGCGGGACUUUAGCGGGACUUUAGCCGGAUUUCAGCGGGACUUCAGCCGGAUUUCAGCGGGACUUUAGCAGGACUUUAGCGGGAUUUCAGCCGGACUUUAGCCGGACUUUAGCCGGACUUUAGCCGGACUUUAGCCGGACUUUAGCCGGACUUUAGCCGGACUUUAGCGGGAUUUCAGCGGGACUUUAGCCGGAUUUGAGCAGGACUUCAGCGGGAUUUGAGCGGGACCUUAGCGGGACUUUAGCGGGACUUUAGCGGGACUUUAGCGGGACUUUAGCGGGACUUUAGCAGGACUUCAGCAGGACUCUCAUCACGUCUGAGGAACAGUGGAGACUCCUCCAGGGAGGGGUUCUGAGUAGAAUCGGAGUCGGCACCAGUCAGGGCCAGCAAGGCCUUCUCUGCUGGCCUGGAAGUGCACACCUCCAUUUCCAACUUCAAUCCUAAUAUUUCUUUUCAGUUCUCAGACUUCAGUCGCCUGUCAGUGACAUCAGCACUUUUCUGUCCUCUGAUUGGUUGAUUGGCGGAGGAGGAGGAGUUCUGCUCAUGUGUGGUGAGUAGAUGUGUUUCCUCCAAGGUGUGGUGUUCUUCUGGACUGGAAAGGUCAGCAUGUGAUAUUGAAGAGGAGACGUUGGGAGUUGUUGGGAGCGUUUGUCAUCGAGCCGUUUAUUUAUGUUGCUUACAUUUGGCCGAGCUUGUUAUUAAUCUUCCUGGUAGCAGAAUGAUAGUCAAGCGUAUGGGGGACCAAGUGUGGGCGUCUGGGUUCAUUAAUGUUGCUUUUAGGGGCCACCGUAACGCCGCUUCAUAACACACUCUCACACUCAGAAGAGAUCCGCGUUGACAAUUUAGUCAUGGCUAUAUUUAGCCAGCAGGGUUCACAAGCAGUCCAUAAAGGCCAAGUAGACACCGUGCCAGGAGCAGAGAUCCACCCCUGAGUGGGCAGCGCCACUGUGCAACACGGGUCUGGGACCUGUGAACGCUCACCAGUAAGACCCAACCCCAGAGUGGGCGGCACCACCGUGCUACACAGGAACGCUCACCAAUGCCACCCCCCGGCCCAGAGUGGGCAGCACCACCGUGCAACGCGGGUCAGGGACUCCAAACUGGAGCGGUCCAGUUUGCCCUCAUGGAUGUUAACAGUCCUGACCUCUUCUAAAGAUCUCCAGGACUUCAAGUCUUCAACCUCCAGCUCCACUUUUUGUUUUUAAGGUGCUCCAGGUAGCAGGGUGGCAGCGUGACGUCAUCGUGUGACUAAUCCAGGGGUGGGCAAACUACGGCCCGGGGGCCACAUGCGGCCCACUAAGCGGUUGAAUCCGGCCCGCCAGUUGCUUUCUAUAGUAAUGGUAAUGGUUUAAUUUCAUUUGAACGUGCAUCAGAUUACAAUUGAAUGCAUCACAUAAUCAGUUCCCAGUUCCACAUGUCCAAAAGGAGUAGGAAGAAGCAAAGCUUAUUAAAUCCUACCCCUCCGUCUGGUACUUUUACAAUCACUAACUGUUACAUUUGUUCACUUCCUGCUUUCCAUAAUACAGUUUAAGGUUUUUUUUGUUGUUUUUUUUAAUAAUGUACCUCGUACAGAAGUGAUGUGACUCUACAAUGACAUAAUAAUUUGAUCACUUCCUGCUUUCCUAAUAUGGUGUAAGGUUUUUUUUGUCACGUACCGAAGUACGAGGUGAUGUGACCGUACAAUGACAUAAUGGGUACCAUAGUAACUGUCAAUAUAGUGAUUUAUUGUAUUUAUUAGUGAUUAUUUGGCAAACAUCAACUGCUUCUAAUUAUUUCAAAUUUGAACAUACAACAGCUGGCAACAUAAGUCAAGUCGGAUGUAUGAUUCAGAAAAAAAACAAAACUGUAAAAUUCAAUUUCGACAGCUGAUAGUAUGACACUUUUACUGAUGAAAUUAGACUAAUAAUUCAAUUCAGAAGUCAGAAUUAUAAGCGUAAAAUAGUGCGUAUUAAAUAUAUAUUCGGGCCCCCCUCGGGACAAUUUUGUUAACUCAAAGCGGCCCGCGGGUCAAAAAGUUUGCCCACCCCUGGACUAAUCAGUGACUAGGAAGGAAGGAUGCAAGGAUGCAAGGAUGCAAAGUGAAAGCGAGAUGACUCCUAGCGAUAGUUAGCACGCGAGCGAAGCAUUGUUGGAGUUUUGUCAUCGUGGUGACACAUUGACAGCCGGCUUAAAGAUUAACGCGGACACGAGGGCAGCCCUCACGUUGCCGCACGUCGUCCGCCAGUCCCCGCCAGUCCCCGCCAGUCCCCGUGAGUCCCCGCGCCGCGUCCAACAUGAGCACCUUCAACCACGUCCUCAAGGAGAUCGGCGAGUUCGGCUUCUUCCAGAAGCGUCUGGUGGCGGCCCUCUGCGUCCCCAGCAUCUUCAUCGCCUUCGACGUCAUCGGCCAGGUCUUCACGGGCCUCGCCUUCCCCAACCACUGCGAUACGGACUGGAUCCUGGACCCGGGACCCAAUCUGACCCUGGAGAGGCAGAAGGAGCUGACUAUCCCCGUGGGCCCGGAUGGGAGCUUCCAAAGUUGCCGGAUGUUCACUCCGGUCCCCUGGGACCUGGAGAGCAUCGAGGCCUACGGCAUCAACGCCACCACGAGCUGCAUCAACGGAUCCAAGUUCGAGGUCCCGCGAGGAGCGUCCAGCAUCGUCACGGAGUUCAAGCUGGUGUGCGACAGAAGCACCUUGAUCGAAGCGUCUCAGUCCAUCUACAUGGCCGGACUUCUUCUCGGGGCCUUGGUCCUGGGAUCCAUGGCUGACAGGUUCGGCCGUCGCUUUGUGGUCCUCCUGGCUCAUCUUCUCCUCCUCUUGUUCGGCGUGGCCUCGGCCUUCUCUCCCAACGUUUACGUUUACGUCCUGCUCAAGUUCCUGUGUGGAUUCUCUGUGUCGGGAAUUCUGGCCAACGCUUUUGUGAUCGGUGGAGAAUGGUGCGAGUCGUCCAGAUUCGCCUUCUGCACCAUCAUCAGCCACACUUUUUACGCCGUGGGACUCAUGCUGCUGUCGGGUAUCGCCUACUCCAUCCCAGACUGGAGAGUCCUGCAACUGGUCCUCUACAGUCCUCUUCUCCUGCUCCUGGCUCUCUUCUACUGGAUCCUUCCCGAGUCGGCACGCUGGCUCAUCACCCAGGGCCGCAAGGAGGCGGCGCUGAAGGAGGUCCGGAGGGCGGCCAAGGUCAACGGCAGGGAGGUGUCCCAAGAUCUGCUGGACAAGCUGGACGUGGACGGGAAGCCCGUCAGAAGGAGCAUGCUGGACAUCUUCAGGAUUUCCUAUCUCAGAAAACGAGCGCUCAUCAUGAGCUACGUCUGGUUUGGAACCAGCGUCAUGUACUACGGCCUGAGCCUCAACGUGGGCCACUUCGGCGUGAACAUCUACCUGACACAGUUCAUCUUCGGCCUGGUGGAGAUCCCCGCCCGCCUGGGCUCCUUGCCGCUCAUCCAGCGCUUUGGGCGGCGACCUUGUGAGGCCAUCCUGUUGAUGUUCGGGGGGGCCACCUGCCUGGCCAUCAUCGCCGUGCCCAAAGAGUUUCCUGUGGUGGUGACCGUCAUCGCCGUGUUGGGAAAGUUUGCGGCCACCGGAUGCUUCUCCAUCGUCUACGUUUACACGGCAGAGCUCUACCCCACCACGCUGAGGCAGAACGGCGUGGGCCUGAACUCCAUGUGCGCUCGCGUGGGCGGCAUCCUGGCUCCGCUCAUCAGACUCCUGGACGUCUACCACCACGCCAUCCCCAUGUCCAUAUACGGGGCGGUGCCCGCCAGCGCUGCGCUCCUGUGUCUGAUGCUGCCGGAGACGCGCCACGCCGAGCUUCAGGACAACGCCGAGCUCGGAGGAAGCACGGCACACCAGAAGGACGAAGAAAGGACCGCCUUCUAGCCUCCUAGGGAUGCACUGUCACCGUGGCAACAGCAGCAUAGUGGAAAGCAUGUUCUAUUCACAUUUCUUUCUUUGGACGUUUCACACAUGCAACCAUCUCACAUUCUUAUUAUUAUUAUUACUAUUAUUAUUAUUAUUAUUGUUGUUGUUAUGAUGUGUACCUUUGCUCUGCACUCCUCUUGCAUCAUGAUUUUAUUGAAGUAGAACGCUGCAAUAAAAGCAUGCAUGUGCAGAUUCUCUUCACUCAAUGAGUGCUUUG